AUGAAGGACCUGUCUGCCAAGCAGAGGGGCCCCUGGCUUUUCACUUUGCUGGAAGGCAAGGCUUUGGAAGCGGUGGAACACCUCGAGUUCGAGGACCUCUCCAAAGAGGAGGGCGAACAGGCCCUCUGGAAUGCACUGAAGAAGAGGUUCCCUGAGAAGGAGCCCCAUGAUCAGAUGGGGGAAGCUCUCGGAGAGGUGUUUGGUCUCUGUGCCCAUGAUGGAGAGACGUCGCAGCAGUGGACAGCUCGUGUUCAGGAGGUUUUUCUGAAGUGCACUCGCAAGGCCUCUGUAUCCUUUCCAGCAGAAGCUCAGGGUUGGAUAGCUCUUCAUUGUGCCGGUUUCAAUGAGGAGCAGAAGGCUAUCAUCAAGGCCAAGGCCCAAGGAAAGCUAGACAUUGAGCAGAUCUCGGCGGCUAUGCGUUCGUGCUUUCCCGCCUACAAGGCAAGCAGCAGGGCCAGGAAGCCCAUGUCCGCCUUGGUGGUUGAGCAACAGGACGAUGGAGAGACCUCCCGAGAUGAUGGCGCCGAUGACGCUGCGGAGGCGCUGGCUGUCACUUGGAAGGAGCGCCGCAAGGAGCUGUCUCAGCUUCAACGCAGUCGCAAGUUCAAUGCGGCGGACCAGGCCCGAAAAUCCUUUCGCGUAGAAAUUGAGGAGCUCAAGCGAAGAACAAAAUGCAGGAGAUGCGGGAAGACAGGACAUUGGGCUCGUGAAUGCCGGCUUCCUCCGCAACCAGGUUUUCGUUCCACCAGCUCAGCAAGCGCCAUGUCCUCAGCCAGGGGACAGGGCGUGCAGAACACCACGGAGGCGAACUUCGUCGAGCACCAGGGCAACCCGCACGAGGUCGCGAUGGUGACUGCUGAGGGUGCCACACAGAACCACGAGAUCACGUUUGUCGGGACUGCUGAGGUGACGUGCCUGCAAGUGGGCCAGGCAGACCGGGAGGCCCCGGGACUUGUCUCUUCUCCCGGGUUUGGGGUCAUCGACUCCGGGUGUGGCCGAACACUGAUUGGCGAGGACACGCUCAAGAUCCUUACCGAGAAGUUGGCGCAGAUCACUCGGAGGCCGGUGGAGACCUAUGAGACCACCAACGUCUUCCGCUUUGGGAACGGGGCCACUGAGACCUCUUCCAUAGCAGUCAGGCUUCCUGUGGGCAUCGGUGGCCAAGUGGGUCUCAUCGAUGCAGCAAUCAUUCGUGGCCAAGCUCCUCUUCUGUUGGGACGCCCCACCUUAGAGAAGCUCAGAGUGAAGCUCAACUUCAAGGAUCAUACCAUGCAUGUGCUAGACCAGAAGGAGCCCGUCCCCAUGGACACCAACAGGGCGGGACAGCUCCUGGUUGAUGUCAUGAACUUCCCCGCGAACGAUCGCCCAAGCACGGCGGUGGUUGAACUGUUCUCUCCGCCUCGCUUCACGGCAGAGGCUCCCGUGCGCGAAGAGCAGGCCCCAGAUCCCCGGACCAUGCAAGCUCUUAAGAAACUGCAUGCUAACCUUGGACAUCCCUCAACCAAAGAACUGGUACGGGUGUUGCGCCACAGCGGCGCAUCUGAGGAAGCAGUGCGUCUCGCAGGUCAACUGCAAUGCUCCGUUUGUGCAAACAAUCAGCGACCGUCACCUCCCCCACCUGCAAAUGCCUCAGUAGCUAAGGAGUUUAAUGAACAGGUAGGACUUGACAUCAAAUAUUUGCCCAGUUGGGAACCCACCAAGAAGAUCCCUUGUGUAAAUAUUGUGGAUUAUGCAACGUCCUUGCAAAUCAUGAUUCCACUCCCAAAGGUAGAGACUGGUGACCUGAUUGUUGCUGCUUUGCGAGACCGAUGGAUAGCAUGGGCGGGGCCCCCUCAAAGGCUGGUGCUAGAUCCAUCUCAGCCAAACUUGUCCGAAGUUUUGGGUGCCUUCUGUAACAACGCUGGCGUCGAUAUGCGACACACAGCAGCGGAAGCAGCAUGGCAGAUUGGGAAGGUGGAGCGUCACGGCCAGUGGUUUGAACGCAUCUUCAAAAGGGUCUGUGAUGAGUGCCAUCCUGCUUCUGACGCCGAGUUUCAGAUGUGUUUGCAACAGACUCAAUCAGCAAAGAACAGCCUCCUGACUGAAACCGGGGCGAGUCCUUAUCAGCUAGUAUUUGGACGAAAUCCUAGGGUUCCAACAGAUCUCAUGCAAGAGCAGCCCCACCUGCCAGCUGUAGAUGCAGCCGAGUUUGAGUCUGUGUGGUCCCGCUCCAACGCGGUGCGCAUGUCGGCACGCAAGGCCGUGCUUGAGGUACACGACGACCGAGCUCUCAAAGCAGCUCUCAGGGCCAGACCGCGGGUCACACGACCCUUCCGUUCAGGGGAGGCUGUAGUUGCUGAAUUUCCGGACAGUGAGCUCCUUGGCAUCCGCACUCUUCUUGAGAAGGGGCAGUUUCCAAAAAGCCAGUUCCUAGACCUCACCCAAGAAGGUAGACCCCCUGAACCUGAAGCUGCCUCCCCCGAAGAGUCGUCGCCGACAGCUCUGAAUGCAGCCGAAUUCUUGCGCAACAGUCGCCAGCAAGAGCGACCUCCGAGGCCGGUUCCGAUAGAGCCAGUCUCAGCACCAACCUCAGCAUCU